UAUUGUUCAUGGCGUUUUAUGACUUGUCCCUUUAUAUUGCCGAUUAUGUCGAGUUUUUUCGCGAUCUGUGUAGCGCGCCGUGUGCAGAAAGUGCAGUAAGUUCCACGCUGUGUACUCUCGGUGAAGAGCAGUGCUCAAGUGUUGUGUCUCGGUACAUUUUGGACGCGAGAAAUCCCGGACGAAGUUGGAAAGAAAUGGGACAAGAAGGGUGUUAGGUACACUGCUCUGGAGUGGUUUGGGGUUUUCGUCUCUGAUUCUUCAGACGGACAUCUCGUCGUACAGAGAUUGCACUGAUAUCCUCAGACGUCCCCAGGCUACCCGGGUAGUUAUGUGAUUAUUGCUUGUCAUGGCGGCUGACAGUGAUGGUGAUCUGAUUGAGACAAUUGUAACGUGUGAAGGAGACCUUGGAGAUCCAGAAUUUCCCCACAAAUUUAAAAUCAUUGUAGAUCGUCUCAAUACCCUUGUCUGCAAAGAUAAGGGUGAACAGUUAAGAAUUGACAAAGUGGAACCAUGGAAUUCUGUGAGAGUGACAUUUUCAAUUCCCAAAGAUGCUGCUCUCCGUUUACGGGAGCUAGCAUCGCAGGGAUCCUCAAUUCUCACCCAGCUUGGUAUCCUCUCCGUUCAAGUCGAAGGAGAUCAGGUGAUAUCUCUAAGGAUAGCAAGUCGCUUCGGCGGAGAAGCGCAAGAAAUAGUCUUACAUUCUGGGUCUUCCCAGGAAAGUGGAAAUAAGUCUCAAAAUGAUACCGCAAGUGGCAGUUCUAAUUCACAAGGAGAUCCUGCGGCUCCUCUUCCUGGUCCUAGUAACGCGUCCAACUUUUCCUCCACCUUGCGCAGCGUUGCUCAAAUAAUAGCAGCUGGUACAUCAGCCGAAAAAUCGCCUCAAUUCCGUUCUCCAAAUGUUGUUGCUCCAACCGACUGUGAUCCGAUUCCCUCAUUUCUCAACAAGACCAUUCAAUCAACACCUGGUAGCAGCGGUUUGUCCGGAUCUCAGGCGGUUCAAAAUCCCAGUGCUUCGCCCCGGACGAACUACAACGGACCCUUUCCCUUUGCUAGCAUGACACAUGCAGCCCAGGCGAUACACUCACGUGAAUCACAAAGCACCAUCAAAUCCGCAGUGCAAUUCAAGCACCACUCGCAACCUCCUCCGCCUUAUCCAGCUCAAGAUUCUGCGGCGACUGUCACCGCACCAUCGACAAUCCAGCCAACAACUCAGCCCAUUUCGACUGUCAGUCAAACUCAGUACAAGCCUCCGCCUCCCAAUGUUAUGGUUUCUAGUCCGUCACCAAGCAGCAGUAGCAGUAACAGCAGCGCUCUCUCGGGAACAUCGAACGGAAGUGGUAACCAGGUCGCCUUGUCGAGUCCGCUUCUAGUAAACCUUCUGCAAAACGACGGAGCUUCGCAUCCCAACAAUGUCCCCAGUCAAAAGAUGUUGCCUCCAGCUGUCGUCGACGGAUCAGCAAUAGCCAACAGAAUGAGGCCGACCAAGAAACCCGUCCGUAGGAAAGAUGUUCCCUCUCCAAAUGAAUCUCCACCCAAUUUGGACUCACUGAGAACCGAAGACUUGAUCGGUGCCUCUACCGUUCCCGAUUUGGGUCAAGUCUCCGGUCAAAGUCCCUCUGCUUUCGCAACCGUCAAUGCCAGCCAACCUUCGACAGUGCCUCAGCAUUCGGCCAGCAUCAUCGGCACUCCUCUCCAGAAUGUCGCUUCGCAGCAAACUCUGCACCAAGUGCAAGUUACAAAUCAGCCUCUCCCUGGUGUCUCUCAACAGACUUCAGGGGCACACACGCAAGUACAAAUCCAGCAGAAGUUUCCUGUCAGACAGGAACUCGCUUACCGAACCCCACAAGCCCAGGUCCAAAAUCAACUCUCUGCAAGGUUUCCUGUCAACGGACAACAAGUCAGGACACCCUUACAACAAAGGCAACAGCUGCUAAUUCAACAGCAACUCCUAGCUCAACAGCAGCAGCAGCAACAAUCUCAGAUCCCACAGCAGAUCGCCUCUCCUCUCCAGAGUCAACCUAACCAACAACAGACAAGUUCUCUGCCCUCCAACCCAAACUCCCAAAUUCAGCAACAACAGAUUCUUCACUCCGUCACCCAACAACGACUCGGCUAUCUAAAUAAUCAACGUCAACCCACUCCUCCACCUUACCCGAGACAAAACCCAACUUCUAAUCCCGUCCCCCAGAAUCAAGCUCUCAAUGUUCAGCAACAGUUGCAUCAUAAUCAGAUCAAGAACAUGAAUCUUAACACGAGUGCGACUACCGAUUUUCGUUACGGCCAGAGUCAGAAUAUCCUCAGUAGAAAUUAUCAAGCUCCAUCGGACAACGCGAACGGGACCACUUGGAACCAGAACGUUCCGCAAGGCGCUCAGGUCAACACAGCUCAGCGAUUAGCCACCUCGAGUCCCGGGACUUUUCUCUCCGCGACCUUCUCCACAUCGCAAAAUCACAUCUCCGUUCCAGGAAUAGUUAAAACCGAACCCACGGGGCCGAUAAAAACCGAGGCUCCCGAACCUUUAAAAGAAGAGGAACCCCCGGAACCAGAGUAUACGUCCACGGGGAAGAUUAGGCAGUUUCUAAUUAAUCCUUUUUCCGGUGAGAUUGAACCCAUGCCGAGUGAAAGUUCGGAUUCCGAACCUGAGAGUGCUGUAGACAACCAGGACGAUUUCUUCUCCUAUCCUUCGCCCUCGAACGAUAGGUCGAAUUCAAUUUACUCUGAUGAUGAUGCAGACAGCAAUUUCUCAAGGAGGAAUGACACGACAACUAAUACGGAUCAGUCCGAUUCGGAAACGACCGUCAAGUCGACAGCGAGUGAGGGGAGUUUAAAACACAACAGGAUAAAAUCUUCAAGAGAAUCGGCACAUAGUCCAAUGCCAGCUGAGAAGAUCAAACUAAGGAUGAAGGUCGAGAAAUCGGAUCCUCACAACCCAGCUUAUAAAGUUGACGUAUCCUUUGUUAACACGCAACAAGUGCGGAAAGCUGAGAAAUCAUCAAAAAUGUUUUCCGGGCUUUCGAAUGCAGGAUCCGGCGGCGAAGAACCACGAGUGCCUCCUCUUCAUAUUUCAUUAAGAGGUCGGAAUGCCUCUGUAGUGCAGAUAAGGAAGAAGGAGAAGAAGUCGCUGAAGGAUGGCGAGGACGAUUCGGCGAAUCUGAAACGGAGAGGGAAGCUUAAGAAAAUGAAGGAGUGUGCUGAUGGUCACAAGUUACUCCAGAAGAAGUCAUUGAACAUGAUUAUAGGUACGUCGUCCGCGACCAAAUUGCCUUUACCCAAUUCUGUGACGAUGAACAGUGCGAAUCCCGUGGUUAAAGUGAAUAAUACACUGCAAACCGUUGCGACCAAACCGAAUGCCUUAAAACAAGAAUCCACGUUAGAUCCGACAAAGAUGCAAUCCGGAAAUACCAAGCCGAGUUCCAGUAAAAGCGGCGACGUCGAUGACAUCCCGCUCAAUAGUAGAAUACCCUCACCUUUGAAGCACAAAGCAACUAUUUUAAACCAGACUCCAAACCCUCAACAAGCUUUAACCAAAAGUCAAGUAGACACUGACGUUCAAAAUCACACGAAUGAACAUAAAAUUGGCGGAGGCAAGACGAAAAGAAGAGAUUCAAAGAAGAAAUCGGAAACUGGAGAUAGCCAGCAUCGCGAGCAGAAUUUGUUGUCAGGUGGAAGGAUAGUUGAUAAUCAAUCAAAGUGGAAGAGACUCGGUUACAAAGGCGAUGCGACUCAAACAAUUAAGAAAACCGAUGCACUUUUAUCCGGCAAUGAUUUGAGUUCGGCGAGGAAGAUUGGGGAUAUUAGAAGAACUAGUGACAGUGACUUGAGCAGAUCUGUGACCGAAAAACCUAAUAUUAUGAACACUGUUGGCUCAAGAUUGACGGAAGUCAAUGGCAUCAGAAAAGAUCUCGUUAGUCAAGAAAAAAGGAGGCGGUCGAGUCUAAUGGACGAGAAGGAUCUAAAUUUAACAGAAUCUCAAAACGUGGAGGCUCCAUAUUUCCAUAGUCAAAAAACAAUUUCUGAGACUACGUCGCAGAAUUCCCUCUCCGCUCUGAAAGUAAAUAUUAAUUCAUCGUUCGACAACGACAGUCCAGCACCUCCAAAAGUCCAAAGUUUGCCGCAAAACAACCCUCAUCCAUCCAGCAACGUCGAAAUCAAACCAACACCUCGUGCCGAAAGUUCUCUUAAAACCACACAACAAUCUCUCACCAGGGUUGUUCCAGGAAAUAAUAAGUCCGACCUCGAUAGUGUGAAAACAAAUUCCACCCCCGUAGUGAAAUCACAGGGCGUCUCGCAGAAAAUAAAAAACCAUGCCCUAUCAAAGAGUGAGGCAAAUAACCCUGUGAACAGGCAUAAAAUGGAUAAUCAAACUCACAAGAAGAUAAUCCAGAAUCACGUUGUCAAGGUGGACCGUUCCGUGAAUAAAGUUGACACCCAGCGAGUCAGUCUGCUGAAAACAACCCAGAGCCCCUCGAUGGGAGCCCUACCCGACCAAGUGCCCAAGUCCCAGGAUCCCGAAUUGCUUCUCAGCAAGCCGAUUCUUCCUAUAGGAGAAAUCAACGUAACCGAGGCUAAGGUGAAGCAAAAGUUGCUGGAGAAUACGAGCGUGCCUAUUGGAAUCGGGGUCGUCGACACGAAUCCAGAGCGAGUCGGGAACGGAGGUGGCGGUGAGGAUUCUGGGAUAGAAUCGAUGGACGCCCUCUCGGAGAAAUCGCCUAAUCAGGGAGAGUCUCCCCUGCACAGGCCUGCUACGGAACCCGUGACUCAGAACAGCUCCAAGAAUGCGAUUCAGGGAGAACCACCUCCACAAACCACCAAUAAGAACGUGCCUUCCUCAACUAGCAGUAGUAGUGAUAUGUGUUCAAAUUCGCAUUCGGACCUCGUCAAGACACGGGAAUUGAAAAGGGCGAAUUCGGUUUCUAGAUCGAGUCCCAUUUCUAGAUCGAUUCCCGUUUCAAGAGCAAGUCCCGUUUCUGUUGUGAGCUAUCUCGAGAACCACGUGAAUCACGAUGAGAGCAAACCUAGUGAGAAGUCGAGGUCGACGUCGACGACGUCGAGUCCAAGUGUAGAUCCGAUCGAUAAGAAUGUUUCGAGUCCACUCGUGACGGGAUUGCCGACGAUUCUCACGACCCCUCAAACAAGUGGUGAUAAACUCUUGCAGUGCGCGAAUUCACAAGUGAAAGCCACCUCCACGGACAUUUGCGUCAAGUCGGAGGCAAAGCAACUUGACCAGGGUAAGCCGAACAUUGCGGAAGAUAGGUCCGAGGACGAGAAGAAGUCGCUCGCGGAUGGUGACAAUGUGAUUAGGUUAAGCGAUGAAACUUGUGGACAGAAUAAUAAUAACGGUGUGUCGGUAGUUCAGAAUCAUGUUGCGUAUAGUACUGAUAAAGUAGAGAAGUCCGAGGGUGCACCCGCGAACGAGGCCAAGAGUUCGAGUCCAUGCUCAAACUUUACAAGUUUUAAUUCACAAGAGAUCAAAAUAGAACCUAAGCUUGAAGUGAAGGUGGACGACACUAGGCAAGAGAAGAUUCUGGCUAAAGAUGCGGUUCUUGCUAAGGAAGUGCAUCUUGUCAAAGAGGCGGAGGCGGGUCUUGCCAAACAAGAAGUGUGUUCGGAGAGCCAAAAAUCUAGCGUACAAAGUCAUCAGAUCAGAGAGUCGUCUGUGAAUCUUCACAAGGUCGCAGACGAUUUUGUCAAGAAGCUGGUGAACGACUCGAAUGAUGGGAACAUGGGCGUUCGAUCUCCCCUGGCCGAUGAUCCACAACCGAUCAGGAUAACACCACCUUUGUAUACCUAUUCGAAUCCGGUGGUUCAUCAGCGGGAUGAUACGCCGAGUCCGGCUUCCCAGAAUCCGGAUGCGGAUGCUGGGGAGUCGGAGCAUGCUAAGAGAAAGAGAAGGAGGAAGCAGGAGUUGGAGGGUAGGCAGGAUGUGAUAUGCAUAGAGGAUAGUGAUGAGGCUCACUUUGAGCGAUUAAAUCCUAAUAAUGCAGAGGAAUAUGUGAAACGACCGCAAAAGUCGCUCCUCGAGCAGCUUUUGAUUGAUAUCCCGGGCGAGAAUAAUGAGAAGCGAUCGCUCAGAACGAGGUCGCAGAAGUUAAAUAGUCCGGAUAUCAGCAAAACGACGCCCAAGUGCAGUCCACAUGGAACUACCAAGGUGGAGGAAAGAAGAAGCAUAUCGCCCUAUGCGAAAGCGAGUCCGAAGUUGGGAGUUUCGAAGUUGUCACCAAAUACGACAUCGGGGAAAGCAGGAAAGAGGAAAAGACAGGAGAGUGAGAGUUCGGUCGCUUCAAGUACGGCGGAAGAUACGCAGCCGAGGCCAGGAAAGCGGAAAUGCUCGGAGAAUGCUGCGGAACUGAUUAAAGCCUGCAUGGGUGUCGAGGAGAGCGGGCUUUUGAAGAAACAAGUAACUGCUAAGGACGAACAAUCAAAGAAGGGCUUGGGGAUGCUGACGAAGGCUAAGAAAGGCUUUGGAGAUCCGGCUGAUGCUUCUUCACUUGCUCUCUUCACCUUCCCCGCGAGUUCUACAAGGGGCUCGUCGUCUCAGACUGGCACGAAUGUCACUGGCAGCCAACUUCAUUCCACUGUGCAGAAUUUCAGUGCCAGCAAUAGGGCACAAAGAGAAAGUCGACUCUUGACAACGAAACAGCCGGGAAUGACAUCGGCGGUUACUGUUGGAAAAGAGAGGCUGCGAGGCAAUUCUGUAUCCAGUAAUGAAUCUAUAGGCGAAGUCACGACGCGAAGGUCUGUUCGUCAGAGUACAGCUUCACCUUUGGCAACGCCCGCGAGCAAUACAAGAGGUGCUUCUAGAUCAAUGGAAGAUGUAAAUAGAAGGAAAACCCGUAGUGGAGCUGACAAGCGUUGCUAUACUUUGAUGAUCAUGGCUGAGCCAAUGAAAGAUAAACCGAUCAAAAACACCAAAAGAAGACAUGAAUCCGAAAGUCAAAUGGAGGUUGAAGUUGUGAGCGGUAUAGAAGGAAAAGUUAAGACAAAAUCCUCCUCGAAAAAGGCAAGAACUGUAAGCGGUGACGAAUUCCGCAAGAUUCCCGUCCCAGCACAUAGAUACACGCCUCUGAAACAAGAGUGGAUGAAGAUAUUCACACCUCUUGUCGAACAUUUGCAACUCCAGGUCAGAUUCAACCUGAAAACCCGAAACGUGGAAAUCAGAACAGCUCCAGAGACUCCGGAUAUUUCCUAUCUUCAAAAAGGAGCCGACUUUAUCAAAGCUUUCGUUUGCGGUUUUGAAGUAGAAGACGCUCUUGCACUAUUACGUCUCGACGAUUUGUUUGUCGAAUCUUUUGAAAUUCAGGACGUCAAACCUCUGAAAGGUGAUCACUUAUCCAGAGCGAUCGGUAGAUUAGCUGGCAAGGGUGGUAGGACAAAAUUCACUAUCGAAAACGUAACGAAAACCAGAAUCGUCUUAGCUGAUACGAAAAUUCACAUUCUCGGCUCCUACCAAAAUAUUCAACUUGCGAGGCGAGCUGUUUGUAACCUGAUAUUGGGAAGUCCGCCUUCUAAAGUAUAUGGACAGUUGAGAAGUGUUGCUGGCAGAGUGUCUGAGAGAUUGUAAAAUAAAUAUUUAAUUUGCUAAAUUAAUUAUUUGUACUUAUUCUUCCAGAGUUUGCGUAGCCGUAUAGAAGAGUAACUGCGUCUUACAAUUAAAUUGAUUUAAUUAUGUACAAUAUAUAAACAUGAGAUUCAAAAUGGCUAUUUA